AUGCAGCUGAGGGGCGGGUAUCCCGCCGUGUGUGGGUCUAGGCGGGGCUGUGGCCUGGCACAGCCUGAGGAGCAGAGAGCCGAGAAGAAUGGAGCAGCUGCUCUGCAGACAUUAUGGGGCGGGGAUUUGGCAGGCCGGCUGUUCUUUUAUUAUGUCAGGAAGAGCUUACUGGCUACUAUAAGAUCUUAUAAGCCAUAUAGAGACCUGGUUCACCAAAGCCGAAUUCUGCUACUGGGUCCAGUUGGAGCUGGGAAGUCUAGCUUUUGCAACUUAGUGAAAUCUGUUUUCCAAGGCUAUGUAACACAUCAGGCUUUGGUGGGCUCUAAUACAACUGGGAUGUCUGUGGAGUAUAGGACAUAUUCUAUCAAGGAUGGGAAUGAUGGCAACUCCCUGCCAUUUGUUCUAUGUGACUCACUGGGGCUGAGUGAGAAAGGUGGCCUGUGUAAGGAAGACAGAGUCUACAUCUUAAAAGGCCACACUCCUGACAGAUACCAUUUUGAUUCCACGAAACCAAUCACACCAAAACAUGGAAACUAUAUUCAUUGCCCAUUUCUGAAGGACAGAAUUCAUUGUGUGGCAUUUAUGUUUGAUGCCAACUCUGUUGAACAGCUCUCUCAUGAGAUGGUUGCAAAGAUCAGAAGAAUUCGAAGAGAGGUGAUAAAAUGUGGUGUGGUACACGUGGCUUUGCUUACUCAUGUGGAUAGCAUCAAUCUAAUUGCAAAAGAUGACUUUAUAGACAUAUAUAGCUAUGUUCCUGUGAAGUGUAAGAUACAGGCAGUUCACAGAAAACUUGGAUUUGCUCUUUCUGACAUCUUGGUAGUUAGCAAUUAUGUCUCAGAGUGGGAACUGGACCCUGUAAAGGAUAUUCUGAUUCUUUCUGCCCUGAGACAGAUGUUGUUGGCUACAGAUGACUUCUUAGAGGACUUGCCUCUUGAACAGGUGAUGGAAUUACCAGAAAUGUCCGCGUCUAUCACCAGAAAUUCGGAACUUAUGAUUUUCAUACUACUAAAGCGAUACAAGCUUCCUUGUUUCCUGGUGGAAGUUCCCUAA